UGUCGCUGACGGUAUUAUCGUCGGCGGCUAUCGAAGCUGGAAAUUUCUUCUAUACUACGAACGACAAGUUCUUGUGUCAGCCCUCAACGUCAGUGUGGUGUUCUUCGUGCAUACUCCGUCCCGUGAAUUAUCGUUACAACAAACAAGGUGAUACCAACAGAGAUAGUAGAGGCCGUUGGCGGUUAGCGCCAGUCACGCUGUCGUUGUGCCUGCCGGACAAAACGCAACAGCCAGAAGUAGGAGACCUACUGGCGUUUAUAUAGCAAUGGUGCGGUGAUAUGGUGCAUGGGGCGUAUCAUUAAGGUCGUGCGAAUACGCGAAUGAAAUUUUCUAGAGGAGAGACGUACGCGCACAGCGACCAAGAGCGGUUAGUUAGAAAUGAUACGAUAUAGAUUAGAAAUGAGAGUUGGACAAGAGUAGCUCCAAACGUGUGUGCAUUCUGAUUCGAAGCACCAAACCUUGUCACACGAAAGGCCAAAAGCGUCGUCAUACGCGAGAAGAUUGCGGAAAAACUUGUGUUGAGUGGUAUAGCCCUAUCUGCCCACCCUUCUCCUCCUCCCCCGCGGUUUGCUACAGCGGGAUUUCAUCAAGUUCGUGCUCGUUUUCUUGGAACAGUGCCAAAAAACGAACUGGAAGUAUAGUUGAUCUACACUAUCGAUAGAUGAUGUUCGUUCAUUUUUUUUAUUGAAAGAAAUAGUUGGCAGCGUGCACUUCAGGUGUCCUGGUGACUAAGUUGCGACGAUAACGACGAUAGCCCCAUUAUUUUUAUCUUAUCUUGCAUUCAAUUUUAUAGCAAACAAAGAUUGUUUGCGGCGGUUGAGGAAACAUGGAUCGGCCAACAGUCAAUCUGAUCGUGCUCCUUGUAUUCGCCGUUGUCCAAUCAGCGUGUCAAGGUGAUUCACAAAUCACAAACAGUGCUGCAAGUGGAAUUAACACCCCGAUGGAACCCGAUUUUGCCGAACCCAUUCAGAACCAGACCGUUUCGACGGGCCGAAAAGUUAUUCUAUCGUGUGUGGUCGACAACCUCAGCAGCUACCGGGUCGCGUGGUUAUACGUCGAGAAGUACACGCUUCUAACUCUAUCCAAAACGGUAAUCACCCAUAACAACCGUUUUAAGGUUACACACAAUGGGCAUCGGACAUGGAAUCUCGUCAUUAGCGAUGUACAGGAGAAGGACAAAGGUGCAUACAUGUGUCAAAUCAAUACUUCGCCAAUGAAGUAUCAAGUCGGGUACCUCGAUGUUGUCGUUCCACCUUCGAUAAAAGAGGAAGAGACAAGUUCGGAUACCGACGUUAAGGAGGGAAGCGAUGUCUCCCUCUUCUGUGCGGCCAAAGGCAUUCCGGAACCAACGCUACAAUGGCGCCGAGAGGACGAUCAAGAAAUGCAAUUAGAUCAAUUUAAAACUAAUGCUGUGAAGGGACCAUGGUUAAACAUCAGUAAAGUGUCCCGGCUCCAUAUGGCAGCGUAUCUUUGCAUAGCUUCAAACAAUGUCCCCCCUUCAGUCAGCAAAAGGAUUAAGCUUGACGUCCAAUUUGCCCCUAUGGUUUGGAUUACGGAUCAAUUGCUUGGACAAAGCGUCGGCUCCUCGGUGCGUUUGGCGUGCAAUUUGGAAUGUCACCCGCGCGGUCUUGCCUACUGGACUCGGAAUGGAGAGAUCAUAUCGAACGGGUCCGCAGGCGGGCGUUUCCUGGACGAGAUUCAUCCUCUUGGGCCAUAUAAACACAUCAUGUAUCUUGAGAUUCGGAAUAUCCUUCCGGAGGACUUUGGCGAAUAUCAUUGCGUGGCAAAAAAUCCUCUAGGAGAAACCGAGGGAACAAUCAAAGUCUACGAAGUUCCAGCUGUUCAGACGACGACAACUCGACGGCCGGCACCCCCGCGGGAGACUAGCCGUCCGAAGAACAAUGCAAAGAGCAAAACCACGCCCAAAGAACGUACUCGAAAACCGACACCGGGGGUCUUCGAUCCGGACACGAUCACAAAUGACCUAUUCCCGCCAAAUGAUCGCGUACUUUCGAGCUACAACUCAGUCGCAAACCCAAUCUGUCGGUCCAACAACAUAUUUAUACUGGCAGUCGUUGGAUACUUCCUACUCUAACAUCUUUACACCGGAAUGACACACUUAUCCCCUUCCAACGAACCAAAUCAACUUGCCGAAAGACAAGCGAAUGAAUAGGUAACCAAUCACAUCAAGCGUUUCUAUAACACUCGACGGGAUUACUGGAUAUAGCCUUCAACAGGGCGCUCAGUCGAGACAACGGACUAUGUACGCCUAUGUAUAGAACUUUGUGUACUACUACAACUACUAUAAUAUUAUAAAGCAAUUACUUAAUACAAGCACUAUGAUACCAAAGAUCGAAUAUGUUUACAGGCGGGUGGAGAUGUACCUAGAUGAAAGGGGACUAAAGAGUACGUAUACGUCUUCUUCGUUCUGUUUUUUUCCCUGCCUUCAUCCCGCUGUAAGAUAUGGACAUCAGAGAAAGAGCAGCACAUACGAACAGUUGAUUGCAUUUACCCUAUGUACUAUCGUAAUAAUCAUCAGCGGUUCAUUGCUGGCAUGGUGGAUGAGAAAACUGAGAAACAGCAUUAAGUUGAUAGAAAAACUAUAUACGAGACGAGCUAAACAAAAUAGCUGUUGAGCCAACUGCCCGAAAAAGUGGAAGUGGCAGAGUGGUUUGGCAGUAAAUUUUCAUCCAUCCGAAGAAAGGAGAGGCAUGCAUAUCAACUCUCGAAGCUAGCCUCUGGCUUUCAGCUGUCGCAAAACGAGAAGGCGACGCGAAACACGAAACAACGAGUCGUUAUGUUCGCUUGCGCUGCCGCCGAUGUCGGAAGUUUUAAUAGGUGCUACAAACACUUAAGGUGAUGAGAACGACAAAGGAGAAAAAGAAGUAGAGAACAGUAUCGGCAAAAGGGCAGUGGGAUCAUUAUCAUCAUCCACAGCGGGAUCAUCAUCAGACGUCGGGGGGGAGGCGACGAUGCGAGAAGCAAGUGCCAAGUGGCUAGUAGGUAAAAAUCAGCUGAAAUAGCGAUAACAAGCAGUAGAUAGGGCAGCGGUGGGAGGACGACGCUCGUCAGGGUGUUAUAGACGGUAACGGGAACUACAGGAACAGCAACGACGGUAGAAACAAAAGGUGGCGAGACAACAUCGAGCGGAAGCUGGCCCUCCUGCUCGAGGACGACGUGCUUCCGGCGACAGGCCACUAGAGCGACAGACGGGCUUUAUUUCUACUCUACAGCAGAAGAAGUAACUAUGGCCACCAGAAUCUACAUGGGCCAAUACUACUGCAAACGAAACAGACAUGAGGGGAUGGCUAACGGAGCUGGUGUUCAGUUGGUGGUUCGCCAUUUGCUGACGCCUCGGUCAUUGCCAAGAACUGUCGAUGUCCUGCCCGCUUAUUCAGGCCACAAUCGUUCUACGAUCAUCGCAUCAGACGAGUGUUUCGUGUACAUAACAAGCCAACGAUAUAGCGUAGAUGGGUACUCGGUCAUAGUGAAACGAAGAUGGGCAGGGGGAGGAAGGAAAAAUACAGGCCGCAGCAACAACAACAACAACAAAAACACUUUCCGUCGGUGCCUUUGCUUCUGGUGGGUCGCAUCUACUAUAAUGUGCUUAUUUUCUCUCUCAUAAACGCGUGAAUUUUUCAAUUUCCCCUUAGUAAGAGAUCUCAACGUUAGCGACACGUGCGUUAAAAUCUGGUUUGUAUUUAUUAACUCUGUAUUACUAUUACUAACCCAACUAUAAUUCAGUGGAAUGAAAAAAUGUGCAUACUUCUGUAUUGUACAUAUGUGUAGGUAUAAAUACGUGUGCGUGUUUGUGUGCUGUGCAAAAAUUCUCUGCUCCAUCAUCUUCAGUACAAUUGAGUAGCGAUGUAUAUUCGACUAGCAACUGGCUAUAAGUCGUCAAUAAGGCCGGGAAAAUUAUGGUCCUAUAGCGUAUACUAGGGGCGUCCAUUAUUAACAAAUGCAGUCGGUUGCUUGAUACCAGAGACCAUAGGAAAAAAGACUACUCAGACCUGCAAUUUACUAGAGUACAUUAUACUCCGUUAAAAUUACUAAACAGUAUCAUUGAAUCUAUGUAACACACAAUCGCAGACCUGUGGCAAAUCUGUUCACGGCAGGCUCCAGCUUCUAUUGAAAACAGAUCACCGAAGAGUAAAUAGUAUAAAGAUCUCGCACUGGCAACCAAGGGUAGAAGAAUGCGACGGGAACCACGAGGUUUGUUGGCUUAAUUGCAACUGCUGUUCCACUGGAAAAAGAAUCGAUACAAGCGAAACAUGUAGGUGCGCAUUGUAGUAACGAGCGAUAUGGCCGAACUGCCUUUUGAGAUAUUUGACCACUAAGAGUGAAAGUGGGACAAAUGGAAGGAGACAACAGGAUAAUCGGUCGGCGUCUAUGUACUAUAUUAUAUAAAUUAAAUGACGGACGAUGGAAAAAAGUCUAUUGUAAGCCAGAUGAAAACUAUGGGAAUCGCUGGUAUGUGGAUUAUUAAUAUGGUAUUAAUUAAGGACGAACAAGGUCUACGGAUAAGAGCGCAAAAAAAAAGCAAACACAUUUUAGGUAUUUCUGGCUGAUGAAUGGCGGUGUGUUGCAACCGUAACUAUAAAGAGAAGGAUGACAGGAACAAAGAGGGUCGCCGUGUUUGGGCUCAGCAGAGAACGCAGGUUAGGUAAAGUAAAGGGUAAUUUUAUUGCCCCAAGAUAGACACCAAAUGCGGAAUAACUAGAUAAAUAGCGAAGAGAAACAGGAGAAGCAAGCGUGACGUCUAUCGUCAGAAGUGGCACCGAGUCUGCUCAAGUUGAUCUACCGACCUGGCCUUGACACGAUACGACAGGGAAAAGAAGUAGCGUUUUCGCGAACAACUCUUAUUUGCUAUCGGCUGAAUAAUACUAACAAGAUGAAAAGUAUUAGCUUGACCCUGUUCGGGGUAGGUCGGUUAGUAGUAAAUGAAAAUUUAGUUUUCUACAUAAGGCUAAUAAUGUUAACAAUAAACAUCAUGGCACCACUGACAAUAGCAACAAUGAAGCAAACACAUAACAACAAUUAAUACAUCUAACAGAAAAGUCAUAACAGAAAAUAAACGUAGAACUUAUUUAAAUGAAAAGCGACAAGAUACAGGGGAAGACUCAAAACAGUUCUCCUUUUGCGCAAGUCUCUCAGGCCGUCGUAAGCGGUGCGCGCGCGCGCCCCCGACGGAGGUGUGUAAAUGCGCGUGGUUUGUCGGUAGGCCGUUAUUACGCUUGACUGAAAAUGGAAAACGUGAGUCGACUGCCGCCUGCCAGGCGCCCGUCCGUCCCCACUCCUCCGACAAAGGUCAGAGGUCGUCUAACAUCGGCGCCGAUGUCGCCACCACCCCAGCAACUUCGACGGCGAAGAUCGUUCUAAGGUCAUCCCUUUUCGCAAGCGCAGCACAAACCUGCUAAUGUUUCCAUAUCCAGCCUCGUCACUAUCCCUGCGGCUGGUAGCAGGAGCCCCUUUAAUGUACCUUUGCGGUAACGCGGAUUGGGGAAGAGAGGAGACGUCGUAUGAUGAAACAGACCCCUUUUUCCCUCUUGUUGCCUCUCGCUCUUUUAUUCGACACAGCUCACCAGCGAGGCCGGCUACGUGCUUAUGUUUCCAGCGACAUAGCAGACAGACAGACGGCAGACGGACAACUGAACACAGAAUGAAAGAGAGACAGUGCGAGACAAAGAGCAAGAGAGAAACAUAUAUGAUUAGGUAAGAUGGACAAUGAAGCAGGGGCACAGAAUAAGCAGCAAAAUGCGGAAGAGAAUGAUGCCGUUUAAUAUGUUUAUGGCCGUGGCCGUGUGUGUAUGUGUGUGUGUGUGUGUGCGCCUCUCGCCGGGGUAGUCCUGUGCACCCCGUCAACGGAUACCUGUUAAAGAAGAAAAGUCUCGCUGGUUGGCUGGAAGGCAAGCGGGUAGGCAGCUAGGCCGUUUUCGGCUGUGUCAUAGAAUGAAGUCAGGCUACUGGAGGAGGCUAUCGCUCAGUUGGCAAAAAAACAAGCUGUACUGAUUUACGUACUCGUCGUUUUCUUCAUUCUAGGGAAUGAAAAACGUACGCUAGAUCGCAACUAGCUCGAUUACAGCGUCCGAAUGCAGAUUUCGGAAAAACAAUUCUAUUUGCUUAUAUAUAUAUAUAUAUAUAUAUAUAUAUAUAUAUAUAUUGAUUUCAUUUUUGGUGAUGGGAAACAAGGGAAGAGGCAAGGAAGAUGAUUAUAACAAUCAUUUCAAGAGCUGUAAAGAAUUGCCAUAGCCAAUUAUAAAAGGCGAGAGAUUGAGCAAACUAAAUAAAGCUGUCAUAAUAAUUAAUAAGGAAAUAAUAAGACAAUAAGUAGGUAAUAAUAAACAUUUCGU